AAAUUUUUAGACUUCCGGUCAAAUGAUAACUAACUUCCGGGUUAAAGUUUUGCAAACAUGAAAGUAGAGAUAUUGCCAGAUGACUGAUUAAUUUCUUUAAUUAAGAAGGUGCAUGGAAGAAUAAACCAAGAACUAAUAAAGAUUGUGUAGAAAUUUUGUGUUACAGUUUACUCCCUCAAUAUUCUACAUGUUAAGCAGAUCUUUGGAUAAUGCACAAACACUAAGAUGUCUGGUGAAAUGACUAUUGCUCAGUCAAAUGAGUAUCAAAGUUUCCGUAGUUCUGUGUCCCAGAGAAAGUUUGUUGUAGAUGAAGAUGAGUCAAAGGAAUGGAAGGUGUAUGACGCUGGUCCCCGGUCAGUUAAAUGUCCGUUAAUUUGUUUUCCUCCUGCCAGUGGUACAGCUGAUGUUUUCUUCAGACAAAUAUUGGCUCUAACUGCAGUAGGAUAUAGAGUUAUUUCUGUUGAAUAUCCAACAUACUGGAAAAUUGUUGAAUUCUGUGAGGGAUUUAGAAGACUUAUAGACCACUUACAGUUAGAUAAAGUACAUUUAUUUGGGGCAUCAUUAGGGGGAUUUUUAGCCCAGAAGUUUGCUGAGUAUACAUACCGAUCACCUAGAGUAGCAUCACUUAUCUUAUGCAAUUCAUUUUACGACACAACUAUAUUUAACCAAACUAAUUCUGCACCAACUUUUUGGAUGAUGCCAUCAUUAGUACUUAAGAAAAUGGUAAUGGGAAACUUUGAUAAGGGACUAGUAGAUCCAAGUAUCUGUGAUUCAAUAGAUUUUUUAGUUGAAAAGUUGGAUGGAUUGACUCAAGCUGAGCUAGCAUCAAGACUUACCUUAAAUUGUAUGAAUUGUUAUGUAGAACCACAGAAAAUUCAACAGAUACCUAUUACUAUAAUGGAUGUAUUUGAUGAUUGUGCUUUAUCACAUUCCGUGAGAGAAGAACUAUAUAAAUGUUAUCCUGAAGCUAAACGUGCACAUUUAAAAUCAGGAGGUAACUUUCCAUAUCUCAGUAGAUGUGAUGAAGUGGAUAUUUUUAUUAAGAUUCAUCUCCAACCAUUUGACAACAAAAAAUACAGUGCCAAAGAAUAUGUAAAGACAGAAGAAGAUUUACGCGAUUUCAUAAAAUCCGGAAACUGUGGUCAGGCUGUCUCCUGGAAAAAAAAAAUGGCAGAAAAGUCUGAUGGCUGUUGUUGCAUUAGAAAAAGAAGAAUGAGAGUUGGUCCUACAGAGGAGGGUUUACCAGAACUUAUAGAAGUCCGACCUCAUAGACACAUACGAAUAAAACAUAUCAAUCCAAGACCUAGGGAAGAGCUUCUUCAGACAGAAUUGAAAGUCUACCUUGAUAAUUUAAAAAUAGCAUUAACAACUCCAAGAGUCGUAACUGUUCCAAGAUUAAAUGCUAAUAGGAAUAUUGAAUUGUCAAAAGAUGGGAAUAGUAAAAUGUCUCAAACAAAUAAUCAUACUGAACAGUUACCAAAUAUGGCAACCCAUUCUAAUAAUAAUAGUAAUAUUAAUGGUACCUGUAUAUCAAAUGAGUUAACCAGGAAUAAUGUCAAUGCAAAGGCUGAAGAACUGAUACCUGGAAAGAGACCAUUAAGUAAUAAAGAAACCUCAGAUCUCCAUUCUGAAUCACGAGCAUCUGUUCUAUCGACUGGAGAGAGAAGUGUUAUGUCUUCAACAGGUGUUCAUGUUUCCAUGGAUGCCAUGAACAAACAAAAACUGGAGAAACCAUCAACAGCACAUAGUAUGAUUGCUGAAACGGAAGAACCGUUAAGUUCAAGGUCAAGCCAUAGUAUAGCUAUGCACAAUGGAUUACCACCAUCACUUUAUAGCCCUCGUCGUCAAAGUAGUCAUAGUGUUCAUAAAGACAAAUCUACUGCUAAUAUUCCAAAAUCCUUUAUGUCUCCACGAAAAUCAAUUGUCUCAAGAACUCACGAUGAGCAUAUAAAUUAUAAUGUUGCUAAACCAGUAAAGGACAAAGAAUUAGUGAUAUUUUUCAUUCAUGGAGUCGGUGGAUCAUCAGAUAUAUGGAACGCACAGCUUAAUUAUUUUGAAAAAUUAAACUGUGAAAUUAUAUCUAUUGAUUUAAUAGGUCACGGUCUUAGUGAUGCUCCUGAUAAAAAGUCUGCCUAUACAUUUGAUCAGAUUCUCAUUGACAUUACCGAAAUCUUUGAUAAAUUCUGCAAAAGGAGAAACGUAGUUGUUGCACAUUCAUACGGUUGUGCAUUUGCAUCAGUGAUUGCCAGAGAAAGAAGGAAAUGGGUAUCCAAGUUAGUUCUUGUAAGUGGUGGAGGACCAACUCCAUUAGCUCCUCAACCUGGUGUCUUCUCAUUGCCUUUAUGUCUUCUUGCCUGUUGUAGACCCUGUCUAAAUAGGGGAUUUCAGAGAGGUGCAUUCCAUCCAAGCUUUAAGAAAUCAUCUGACAGAGAGAAAGCCUUUGAUGUGCCAACCUAUGUGUUAAGUUAUGUAAUGAAUGGACAACACUGGCCUGAUGGAGAUGAUUUAUACCAUAGCUGGAUUAAUGUUCCAACAUUACUGGUAUAUGGACAACAAGAUGGACUGGUAGAUAAAGAAGAGGAAGAAGAAAUGACAAAGACAAUAUACGGCUCUCACUUAGAGGUUGUAGAAGAUGCAGGACAUAUGGUUAUGAUGGAAGCUCCUGGCAAGUUUAACCAGCUUCUAUAUAACUUUAUCACAGAUCAGCCACUAUCGACCUCAGUUAUAGAACCUGAUACACACAGACUAGAUACAGAUAAUGAUCGACACAUAGCUAGAAGUCAAGUCUCACUACAUUCUAUACGAUCAUCUAAAUCUAUGCCUCAUGGAUUAUUAUCAAGUUCUCUUAAUCUAUAGUGAUAUUUUAUUGUUUACACUUCUUACUUUUAUACCAAGUUUUACAAUGAGAGGGAUAUCAUUGGGAUGCCCAUCCCCCACUUCCAGCUUUUUCUACAGAUUCUACUUAAUUUUUCACACCUUUAUUUUUACCACAUAUAUCCCAAAUCCCCACUUAUUUAAUAUCCAACAUCCCUAAUUAUUUUUUACCUCCUGUAUCCAUCAUUCCUUCUUAUUAUAUCACCUGUAUCCCAUAUCCAAUUAGCAUUUCUUGCAUAUCUACAAGUUAUCAGUUGUAUCAUGAAAUAAUUGAAGAAGUUUGAUUGAGUAAACCUGCUGUUCCAAUUGUGUUUAAACGGUUGUAAUUAUAUCACAAUUUAAUUUUUUCGGAAACAGUCUACUUUGCAAGAUUUGGAUAAUGUGAGUCCUUUAAUCAUGUUAAUGAUACCACUUCAAAAUCACUCCUAUUUGAUUAGUGCUAAAAGAGUUGUCUUUCUUGGAAGUAGGUACUCUACCUCAGUUAAAUUUAUGUAUUAACUGGUUUCUUUUAGUUAUGUGGUUCAGAAAAAAAUUUAUAAAAUUUUUGCAAAUUCAUGGCUGAAAUGAUUUUAAAGGGGCACUAGCUACGAGAUAUAUAAAAAAUCUUAAUUAAGAUUUGUUUUGUUCAAUCAAUAACGAAAGUGAAAUAGUGAAAUAAUAAUUCGCUUUUAGCAGCCAAAAUGGUUCAAUUUUGUCAAAUUAAGCGAUGAAACAUUGAUAAUUACUGAUUCACUUGCAAGUGAAUUAGCCAACCUCAUUAAAUCCGUAUUCAUGUGAACUUAAAUGUAACCCCUAGCUAGAGAUUGACAACGCAUGCAUUAUACGUGUACAGGUUAUUUAAAGAAAAAGAAUGUCAACAAUGAAAGUGAAACUACGGUAAAUCAUUUGAUUACUGGUUUCGAUCUAAAUAAAAUCAUUCUUAUACGGUUAAAAACAAUGAUAAACAUAAAUUUUUAAUCUAUAAGAUAAAAUCAAACAGACCUAUAAAAAUCCAAUUGCAUGUGUUAGUUUAAUCUAUUCAUAUUGUUAUUUAUGUUAACAUUGCUUAUAUGGUCAUCUGAGGUCAAAUCAAUAGUUAAUUAGAUGGCAUCUGGACUAACAUACACACGGAACGAACCUACAUAUUAUCAAUACCAUGCUCUGUAUACUGUUUAUUUUAGACUUCUGGUAGUUUGGAUAAAUGAUUUACAUUGUUAUAAAUCAAAUAUGAGAAUUUGAGUCAAAUUGGUGACCAUGAAUUUGACAGCUAGUGCCCCUUUAAUAAAAAAAAACCCGCAAUAUGUCACAUGUUUUAAAAAUUAUGUUUCCUGUUCCAAAGGGAGAUAAUUCUUAUUUUUUUAAAUUUGGAAUGAAACAUUGAACUCACUUUAUUAUUGAGCCUAAAUUUUUUUUAUGAAGAUUAAUGAUAUGAUCUGUAUUCCUAUCAGGGUUAUUCAUUCAUUAGUUCACAGAUAAAUUGGCUUCCAUUAUACUUUCAAAUGUUUUUGAACUAGAAAUCAACAUGAAUAAAAUAUUAAUUAAAAUGUUAUCUUCAUUAACAUGUAAUCUUCAUUUUACCAUACAAUGUGACAUUUUAAACCAGGGUAGUUUAUUUUAUUCAUUUAAAGUAUCUUUCAAAAAGAUAUUCUGAUACCUGUAUACUAAACUUUGAAAAUGUACCUUAAUUUUCUUUUUUAUUGAUAAUAAGAAAUAAGGUUUUAAACAUAUAUAUAUAAAGGGAGUGUAUACCCAAAUAAAUGAUGUAGAGUUAAAUACUUUUUAUCAGAGUCAAAACAUGAAAGAUCAUGAUAUGUAAUACUAAUUUGUAACAAAGAAGGAUUUUUUCUUGUUUUUAUUAGCAUAUAUCAUUCUACAGGCUAUGGGUCCACUAACAAUAACAAUGUACAAAAUUUGAUUGAUGGUUUUCAUUUACCUUUCAUUUUACCUUAUUAGUCAAAACUUGGUGAUUUUUUAUUAUUGUAUGUUAUCAAGUGUCAUAUUAAUGCAAUGUUAUGAAAGUUUCAUUAUAUAUUGAGGACAUUUGUAUUUAUUAAUCCUUGAUGAUCAUUGUUAUAUUUACAUUUAGUAGUUAUGUACUCUACAAGUUCAUAUAGCUAUUUGAAUUCAAUAGUUAUAUUUUUAGCUCACCUGGCCCAAAGGUAUAAAUAUAACAUAGGGGAAAAUGCAGUUUUUGGCUUAUAUCUCAAAAACCAAAGCAUUUAGAGCAAAUCUGAUGUUUGGUUGAAUGUUUAACAAGUCAAUAUCUAUCUGCAUUGAAAUUUUUAGAUGAAUAGAUUCAAUCGAACAACCCCUUGUUAGGUUGCUGCCCCUGAAUUUGUAAUUUUAAGGACAUUUUGCCUUUUUUGUUAUUAACGUGAAUAUUGUUAUAGAUAGAGAUAAACUGUAACAGCAAUAAUGUACAGCAAAAUAAGACCUAAAAAUAAGUUAACAAGACCAAAAUGGUCAAUUGACCCCCUAAGGAGUUAUUGCCCUUUAUAGUCAAUUUUUAACAAUUUUUAUUAAAUUUGUAAAUUUUUAUUAUUAUUUUCCACUGUAACUACUGGGCAAAGUUCAUUAUAGACAGAGAUAACUGUAAGCAGCAAGAAUGUUUAGUAAAGUAAGAUCUACAAACACAUCAUCAUCACCAAAACACAAUUUUGUCAUGAAUCCAUCUGUGUCCUUUGUUUAAUAUUCAUAUACACCAAGGUGAGCGACACAGGCUCUUUAGAGCCUCUAGUUUGUUUCUAUGUUUUCUAUCUGUUUAAUGAUAUAUAUGUAAGCUUUAAGGAAAUUAUCUCCCCUUUAAACUCAGGGAUUAUGAAACUCCUGUAGAAAUUCCUUCUGUCCAUUUGUCUUUCCAUAAAUGUGCAUCCUACAUUUUUCAUUAUUUUAUUGAAGAUUUUAAUGGUAAAAGAAUUAUUGGUUUCUAUUAACCAAAAAACAAUUUCUUUGAUGUAAAAUAAAGGCUUAUUGAUACACAAAUGAGUUAUGAAAUAAUGUUUAUGAUUAGUGUUUUAAAACUUGUAUUGCUUUUAUUGCUUGUAGUUUAAAAUGUUAUUCAUCUAGCAUGCCUAGUGCCCUAUAUUGUUAUUGUGAAGCUACCUUAAUUACAACUUGAAUACCAAAUUGCAGCUGAUUUUAUAAUUAAGGAUAUUUAUUCUGUAAUUUAUAAAAUGAUCUUUAGAUUGUAUAAUUGUAUCAUAUCCAUCUCUAUGACAACACUUUUUAUAGUCAUGGUAUUUUAAGUGAUAGAAAAUUGUUAAAUGUAAUUGUGUUUAUAAGCUGAAGUCCAAUAUCUGCUGUAAAGGACAGGAUUUAAAAAAAUAAUAUGCUAUUCUUGAUUACUGACAUGAUAAAUGUAUAGUUUAAUAGGCAGCAAUUGUUAGUUCACAUGGUAAAUUUACUGAAUAUUCAUUUAAGGAUGUACUUAGGUGAUCUAAGGUAAAAUUUAAUAAGUCAAGAAAUAAAAAUUGAUACUUUGAACUGGAAGAGCAUUAGUUAAGGAUUAAAAGUACUAAAAAUAUUGAUAGGUCAUAGAGCUCCUUUUCGAGAUAUUUGAUUUAUAAAAUAUGGCGGGAACAGAUUGACUCUGACUUUUAUCUUAUAUUUGCAUUGAUAUUAUUUGGGUCUCAAAUAAAAAAAAGAAAAUCAAGAAUCUGCUUAAACUGUGUCAAAUUACCUUUUAUGGGCUAUUAAGUUUUAUGUUAAUAGAUAAAAAGGUGUUAUGGUGCAAAAUAUUUUACUUUGUGUUGUAUGGAAAAACACUGAAGAGUCCGAACAUUUGACACUCAUUACCAAAACCUCACUUAAGUACAUCCUGAUAACCAUCUUUUUUUUAAUAAUCAUUCUAGACUCAUUUUUAUGAAAUUUUCACUAUUAAAAGCAAUAUGCCUGUUAACACUGAUGUUGUGAGCUUAAAUCCUGCACAUGGCAGAUAUGUUGAACUACAAUCCUAAUUGCCAAGGAUUGUCAGUUUUCAUACUGAUAGUAGAUGGUUUUCUCCAGACACUCUGUUUUUCACCAAUAAAAAGUGGCCGCUAUGAAAUAUCCAAUAGUGCUGAAAGUGGUGUUAAACACCAAUCAAUCAAUCAUAGAUCAUAUCUUUAUUCAACAUUUCAUGUAUUCAUCAUCUAUGAGGUAUAACAAAGCACCCAUCUAGAGUUUGUGAUGUCCACCUAACCUCCAUGUCAUUAUUCAACAUUUCAUGUAUUCAUCAUCAAUGAGGUAAAACAAAGCACCCACCUAGAGUUUGUGAUGUCCACCUAAUCCCCAUGUCUUUCAAAACACCAAACAUUCCUUCCAUUGUUUAGAUAUGUUAUGUUUAUAAGGACAUUUAAAUUUGUACACCAAAUUGUUUAUUUUUUAUAAUGUCUUUGUACACCCUUUAGAGUUUGUUAAUUGUUGAAUAUUAAUAAAUAUUAUCAUAAAACAG